AUGGGUAUCUGUAUCUAUUAUCCCAUCGGCCGCUGUGUAGCUGGAGAGCAAUGCCAUAACAAGCAUACAGGUCCUUAUCAACCUUACCCUUGUAAGAACUUCAUCUACAAUGGUACAUGCAAGUGGGGAUUGGAGUGUCGAUUCGGACACCCAGCUACCGUUCUUGCAGAGAACCCUGAGCCUAUUCGCCCUGCUUGCAAGAACUUUCUUUCAAGGCGUGGAUGUAAUAAUGGUUCCAAGUGUCUUAGUUAUCACCCCGUUCCGACAGAAAAGGUAGCUCCUAGUGCUACUUCAGCUCUUCAACAACCUCAAUCUACAAAGGCUACACCGGAGAUUUUGAAGACCACACAAACUGUGACUAUCAAGUCGUCUAAGACAAAGCCUGCCAAUACAACAGUUGCUCCUUUGAUGAACUUUCGCUCUGCUCGAAUUCGUCCACAGAAACCUAAAGUUAUCCUCACUACACCUAAUGUUUCAAAGGCCUAUGGUUCUACCAAUGUCGAACUAUCUAUGGAUAAGCCUGCUAGUAAGAUUAUAAUGCAGACCUCGCCAAAGGAGUUUGGAGUAAUAACCCAAGCUCUUCCAGUUGCGGAAUCUAUCACGACUACGCCAAUAGUUUCAGAGACCGCAACUGCUGCCAAUGUCGAAUUGUCUGAGGAAAAGCCUGCCAGUACAACUGCUACCCAAUCAAAGGAUUCUAGUGCUACUACAGCAAUUUUACAAGCUCAAGUUACCAUGGGCACACCGGCUGUCUCAAGCACCGCAAACGCCAUCGAUAUGGAUUCUUCUUAUGAAAAGCCUGCUGACAAGAUUCCUGCUCCAUCAAUUGAUCCAGUUUCUUAUGAGAUCGCUCUAUCACCCACAGAGCUUACCAUCAUUUCAAGCGGUACUAGUAAUACUGGUGCUACCAACACUGAUUCUUCCAACGAUCAACCAGAUGGCACAGUAACAACUCCAUCAAUGAGUCCUGAUACUACUCCCAGAACUCCAUCCUUUCAAGUACUUACACCUGCUUCUACCAAUGUUGGCAAUGCAGAUGAUAUUGGCUAUGUUUCUUCAACCGACACCAUACCAAUGAGCGAUAGUUCCGAAGAGGUACGAUCUGCAACUCGAAGCCCAUCACCUACUGAUGAUGCGCAUGAUGCUUCAAUGUCUACUGUCCCAGAUGAUUCAUCUACUCCUGUCAAGACAACUCCAGCUGCUAGCACCGACGCUACUAAGCUGUCCAACGUUCUAGCAUGUGAAUCAACUACACCAUUAAUCAUUGCAUCAGAUUUCAAAAAUGCUCGACCAGUAUCUGCACUUCAACCUGUUGAUUUAGGCACUCCAAACGACCCAUUUGACCAGUCUGUUGUUGAAGGACCUAUCAAUGGUACGGACAACACUAUGCCACCCAAAAUUCCUGUUGAGGCAUUGACUGCUAUAUCUCAUACAGCAUCGACCAAAUCUGCUGUCAACCCUGAACAAGCCUCUGUGGUUCAACCUACAGAUCCAGUUCUACCACCAAACGAGUUAUCCAACCAGACGACCACAGUAGCACCCCCUGAGGACAAGCGACUUUCUGUAAUGGAGCCUGUUACUACUGACUAUCGAUCGGCCACGAAUACACUUUCUCGUGUAGUCGUAGACUGGUCGGCUACAUUAGAGCACUGCAAUCUUGAUUUGUCGGGACCUGGCAUAUAUGAGCGUCAGAUUAGCCACACUGAAGUCCUAUUUAUAUGGCCUCAAGAAUGGAAUGUACCAGCUAACGACAUGAUCAAUACUCUCAUGCAUAUCGCAUCAACCUGGGGAGAACUUUCCCCAUAUCAACCCAUUCAUCGCAACAUGGGUUCCUGGCAUUCUCUCCAAAUUACAUUCCGACACCGCCACGAGGCAGCUGCUGCAGCCGCCGCAAUCAAUGGUCAUCUCAUCACCGCAGUCAAUGCAUGUGUGAGUAUUCCUGUAAUAGUUAGUCAUCAAAUCGCAGUGCAAUAUAUGAUACCCCGCUACAUCAUCGAUUCACUCGGUCGCCAGAAUCAAGGAAAUCUACAUCAGAUCUUCGCACAGAAUUCUUGCCAGCUUCAUUUGGGCGACUCGUACCGUGCUGAUCAUUCUGGCGAGAAGCUCAUGGAGGUAACAAUUAUGGGUGUUUGUGAAGAACAAGUUGCGCAAUGCAAGGCAGUUCUCGAGGAUCUUUUGAGAGGUAGAGUUUUGACUUAUGAGGAAGGUGAUAAUAGACCUAUUUGGCACAAAUUCUUUAAGACAGAGGAAGGAACAAAUUGGAUGGGAGAGGCGACGACUAAUGUCUUUGAUAUGAAGGUUCGGGCUGCAAAGCUUGCGAAUCUGGAUAUCUUGAUGGUUUAUGGAUCGAGUGAGUGGUCAAGAGCUCGAUUUGGUGCAAUUGUUAAGAAGAAGAUUGCGGAGUUGGAGAAGGCUGCUGUAGUUACAGCUGUUGUUGCGGAUGAAUUGAGAUUGAUGAGAUUGAGGGUUAAGGGUUGA